CUGCAGCGUGGCGUUGUGGAAGUUUGUAAAUGAAACGGAGGGGCAGAAGUUUUGUUUAUGCAUUGUGCCGCUGGCACGCUGCGUUGUCGUGCACACAUGUUGGCGACUGUGCUGGGUGUGGAUUAAAAUACGCACUACUAUAACAUAUUUAGUAUUGUAGACAUCCAAUAAGUGAUUCAUAACAGACGCAGACGUAUACAAAGUGCCACCUUAUCCUUGGCUUGACGAUAUUUUACGCCAUAGAAACGCUUGUAGUUAUUUGUGCUCGUUAAGUUCAAAAUAAAAUUGUCAUAAAUCCAUAUCUACUGCAGCUACGUGAAUUGGUGUAAAUCUGUGAGUGAUAUCUCACACUAAUUACUUGUGUUACAAUAUUCACUUUGAAUCGUUGUAUAUAUGGUUGACGAUUCAAGUGUGUUGUUUUAUCAGCAGUGAGUGGGAAUACAAGCCGAUUAAAAGAAACUGACAUCCGUGAAUACUGAGCGUCAGCACACGCUUUGCCGACUCGUUUUGUCAUGAAGGAAGAACCACUGGAUGCUUUCUCGCCGGUCAACACGGGACCUGAAAGCUUCACAACUGCACCAGAACAGGACCAAAGUGCAGAUACAUUUCCGGUCCCGGAAAUGACAGAAACUCAGGGGUUUGAGUUUGUGGCUGUGAAACAGGAAUGGGUCGAAGAUGGGGUGAAGAAAGAUGACUGGGAUGAGGCUCAGGAGCCUGAGAAUGCAGCUGUAGAGGAAGAUGAGAUUCAUGCAAAAACAGAGCCAUCUGAGUGGCACACGCCAGAGGAAUCCGAAUCAGGAGACACAACAGUGGACACUCCAAGGUCCAUCCCGCAGGACCAGGAUCGGCCUACUACUGACAAAUGUGCUGCCAUAAUUGCCAGAAAUGACGAUAUCCCGCGUGGUGAUAGUAAUCACAGUGGCAGCAGUAAGGAAUGUGACAAGAACAAAAGGGACAGACUCCUACUGUCAGGACAGGUGGUGUACUCAGAGAUGCAGGAUAAAGUAGGUACCCAUAAAGACACCUAUUCUGUCACAAACAGCACGUCGAGUGACAGAUUCCGCAAGGCCACCUCCGAUGCCGAUUGCAAUCGCUGCCGUACAAGUGCCGACUGCGAGAGUGUCUCCCCGUCAGGGAAUGAGCGUGUCGUCGAGCUGCCGUCACUGCCGCCUGUCGAACGGGACGUCUACACGUGCGACGUCUGUCGGGAAGCGUUUACUGACAAGGGAGCUCUGAGAACCCACUUGCAGCAGCACGUGCUGAUAUGUGACAUCUGCCACAAGGCUUUCCGUGGCACCGACGGCCUCGAGGUGCACUACCGGACGCACGCGGCCGAGAGGCCCUUCCCCUGUGAGGCCUGUGGCAAGGCGUUCUCGCGCAGCGAUAAGCUGAGGCUGCAUUCGCUGCAGCACACGGGCCGGCGGCCCUACCGCUGCGAUACCUGCGGCGAGACGUUCUCGCGCAGCGACAACCUCAGGCAGCACACACUGCGGCACACGGGUGAAUGCCCCUACAGCUGCAGUGACUGCGGUAAGAAGUUCUCACGCAGCAAUAACCUCAGGCAGCACCGUCUGCAACACACGGGCGAGCGGCUCCACGAGUGCGGCGUCUGCCACAAGCGGUUCGCCAACGCCAGCAACCUGGCGCAGCACUCGCGCGUCCAUACGGGCGAGCGGCCCUACCGCUGUGACACCUGCGGCAGAUCGUUCGCGCGAAGCAGAAACCUGAGAGUGCACCGUCGCCCGCACACGGGCGAAUGGCUCUACGCCUGCGACGACUGCGGCAAGGCGUUUGUUUACGGCAGUGGCGUGCAGAAGCCCAGGCAAGUCCGAACACAGGUGGAGUCUUGAGACUGUGCCCUCUUCUGGAAACAUUUUGCACAGACGACCAGUCUGAACUGGCACUCGUGGCUCCACGGCUUCGGAAAGCCGAGAGGUUCUGCUGACAGUGCAAAAAUGGGUGCUUAUGAACUUGUCGUGCAUCUUACGACGAUUUCACACUGUGACACCCUUAUUCUAAUUAAUAUUGUUGUAGCAGUGAUUCCAUAAUACAAUCAGAUCAUUACAAAUUAAUUAUUUGCAAAUGCUUCAGGUAGAAUAGAAAUCUUAUGUACAAAUUAAAAAAUUUUUAGAACAUAAUGUGUCACAUUGUAAUCGAAAGUAAUGAACUUUGUAUUUUCGGCUGUGUAGGAAUAUAGAUGGUCUCAUCUGCUUGCUGCUAAAAACAGGUGUCACGAGUACUUCCUGUUUGGAGUACAAUGAGCGUUCCACAGACCGCCGGAGCCAGUAGACAGAAAACUUCGACCUCACUUGAGCCUGUGUUGCGUGUACACUGUGCUGUGAGAUAUUUAUCAAUAGAGGGUAUUUGUACCAGUAAUUUACUUUUGCCUGCAUCACAUAGGAAGUAAAUAGUGACUGUAAACAAAAUACAGCAAGUGAUUCUGAUUGUAGAUUUGAUACAGAGCAUGAUUAUGAGAGCCACCCAAUUAUAAGGAAAUGUAAAAUUGAUAAGGUGAAGUGGAAGAAACGGGUUGCAAAGAAGAAGAGGAAUUCGGGACACUGUUCUGGUUUACUGAAAUCUGAUUGCUGCCACCCUCAGUGAUCCCAAAAUUGUGGCACUGCAGUUGCCUGAUGGAGUCCUGUUGUAUUGUCCGUGUGAGCUGAUGAUUAAUUGAUUACCAACAGCAAUUGUACUUAUGCUGAAAUACUAUAUUAAAUAUGAUUAUAAAUGCGUAAUAAAGGCUUUGAAUCUCAUU